AUGGCCGACAAGGAAGCUACGGUCUACAUCCUCGACCUCGGGUCGUCGAUGGCCGACUGUCAUAAUGGUCGACUCGAAUCAGACCUCGACUGGAGUAUGCGAUAUGUAUGGGACAAGAUAUCAACCACUGUCGCGGCCUCACGGAAGACCUGGAAUGUUGGAGUCAUCGGUGUGAGGACCGACGAGACUAAUAAUCCUCUGACGGACGAGGGCGAGGAGGGAUACGAGAACAUCUCCGUACUGCAAGACCUAGGGCCCAUGACCAUGGAGAGUCUGAGGGAACUCCAGCCCCGCAUAGUAACCAGUGACAGCGAGUCGGGCGACUCGAUCUCGGCAAUCGUCAUAGCCGUCGAAAUGAUUGAGAUCCUCACCAAGAAGCUCAAGUACAAACGCAAAAUCAUCUUGGUAACGGACGCCGAGGCUCCCAUUGAUGGAGACGAGUUCGACGAUAUAGCGAAGAGAAUCACGGGCUGCGGUAUUGAGCUCACAGUCCUCGGCGUAGACUUCGACGACGCUGAGUUCGGCUUCAAGGAGGAGGACAAGUCAAGUCUGAAGAAGAAAAACGAGAGACUGCUGAAGGAACUGGUCGACAAAUGCGAUGGCUUGUAUGGGACCAUGGCAGAGGCGAUUGCCGAAUUAGAGACCCCGAGACUCAAGACCGUCAAGCCGUACAAGACCUACGAUGGGCCCCUCACUCUUGGAAAUCCCAAAGAACAUGAAGAUGCUAUGAGCAUCAAUGUUGAGCGGUACUUCAAGACCCACAAGGCAACGGUGCCGCCGGCGAGUCGGGUCGUCGUGAAGAGUGAACCAACCAACGGCGGGCCGUCUGGUGCUGAUUCUGAUGGUGAUGCGAUGCAAGGGGUCGAGUCAACCAGCGGUUUCGCUGCGGUCAAGAAUGCGUUCACAUACAAAGUCAACGAUCCAGAAGCACCCGGUGGCAAGCGUGACGUCGAGCGCGAGGACUUGGCCAAGGGGUACGAGUACGGCAGAACGGCCGUCCACAUCAGCGAGUCCGAGUACAAUAUCACCAAACUGGAGACCACCAAGAGCUUCAGCAUAAUAGGAUUCAUUCAACAAGAGAAGUACGAGCCAUUUCUCAACAUGGGAGAGGCUUGCGUCACCGUGGCGCAAAAAUCCAACGAUGCAGCAGCUUUGAAGCUUUCUUCACUGAUACACUCCCUCCACGAGUUGGAGUCUUAUGCUGUGGCACGCAUUGUGGCGAAAGACGGGAAAGACCCCGCCCUGGUCCUUCUCGCGCCAAAUAUAGAGCCCGACUUUGAGUGUCUCUACGACAUUCCCCUUCCUUUCGCAGAAGAUGUCAGAAACUAUCUGUUCCCACCGCUUGACAAGGUGGUUACGAUCCAGGGUACCACGAUAACUGAAAAGCACCGAAACCUGCCCUCCGAAGAACUCAUCGAGGCCAUGGACGACUUUGUUGAUGCCAUGGAUAUCUCCAAAUGGGAAGAAGAUGAUGAGGGCAAACGCACCCUGGAGUAUGCCGCAGUUGAAGAUGUCUACUGCCCUCCGCUUCAUCGCAUCAACCAGGUUGUACGCCAUCGUGCCAUCUAUCCUGACCAACCAGUACCCCCAGUUCCUGCCAUCCUACUCGAGUACUCACAGCCCCCUGGAGACCUCGUGAAAAAGGUCAUGCCAGAACUUGAAGACCUUAUGGACAAAGCCAAUGUCAAGAAAGUGCCGCCUCAAACCAAGGGGAAGAAGGACAAGGCAGACAGAGUCCAGCCGAUAUCCGGUCUCGAUAUCGAUGCUCUACUCCAGCAACCUGAGCACAAGCGCACAAGUAUCGAUCCGGAGAAUUCCAUCUCUGAGUUCAAGCAGAUGGUCGAGGCUGCCGAGGAUGAAGCUAGCGUUCAGGAAGCUGCAAAGCAGAUGGGCAUCAUCAUUCGGUCCAUGAUUACCAAGAACACUCUCGGUGACAUUGCGUACGACCGCGCCAUUGAGAAUCUCGGCGUGUUCAGGGAUGCCAUGAUCAACUACGAGUUCCCCGACUUGUACAAUACAUUCAUGAAGGAUUUCAAGAAGCGAUUGCUCUCUGGUGAGCUGGGUGGCGACAGGAGAGAGCUCUGGUGGCAAAUCAAAGGGGCCCGGCUGGGUCUGAUUGAUUCCACGGCCUCUGAAGCCUCCAAGGUGCAACCAGAGGAGGCAACUGAGUUCUACAAGAAUGCGUCAGCUGAGGUUGUCACCAUCGAAGCUCCUUCAGGACGGCAGUUCGCAAUUCGCGCACGUCCACUCGCACAUUUCUCCGUCUACUUCCGCCGCGCUCUCAAUAGCCGGUUCCAUGAAGCCGCAACUCGUACCUCUCGUCUUACGGAAUAUUGCGACGACCAGACUAUGAGGAUGUUCAUCAUCUGGGUUUCCCUGCGGAGUGUUCACCAAAGUGAUCAGUUCGAGCUUGUCAUUUUGAGCGAAGAGCUUCGCUAUGACGGGUUUGCGGGCGCAUGGGUUAAGGCCUGGCUCUUCGGCGAUUACAUUCAGGCCGCCCCAUUUCAAAACGACAUGCUCUGCCUCCUAGAAGCCGACAGAAUGUGGAAAGUUGAUGCCGAUAUCAUCCGUGAUUAUUGGGAGGACCUCAGCCCGUCUUGUUCCAACUUGAAGAACUACAUGCUGGAUGUGUUCUGCAAGAAUCUAAUCGAGGAAGAAGACGAGGAUGCUAGGGUGAGCGAAUUGGACUUGCUUCCAGCUGAGGCGUCGAAGGAGGUUUCCAAGAGACUCGCUACCGCUCUUGUCGAUAGAGGAGAGGACGGGGAAGCUGUCUAUGAAUUCACAAGCAUAUACCCUGCCGACUACCUUGAGGACGAGGAGGAGUAA